CCCGCCCACUUAUUUCUUACUCGAAUAGCAAAUCCUUCGAAUAGCAAAACACUUGACGUGUCUGACCGCGCCUGCCAUGCUUCGAUAUUGAAAUCGCCGUCUUUGCGUCCUUCUUGCGCAUUAUCACGUUCCCAGACGACCCCAUCGAUCGUCAUAUCAUGGACGAAGCAAGCAGAUUGGUUUCCGAGCUUCACAACAAGCUCGCGGAGCUCGACCUGAGGGUAUGGCAAUACCGGCGGGACAUGGCAUCCGAGUUCACCAAGUACACAGAGGAUCUGCUGCGCGAUGUCCCUAAGGAAAUAUCGGAGACUGUUUCGAAGGUCAUCGCAGAGGAUAUAAAGUGUUACAAGUCACUCAACCUCGACAGCCUUACUCCAAUUGAGUCAUGCGGGGCGAACACCGACAAUCUCGUGAAUGGCCUUCAGAACGCCGCGCCGCCAUAUCUAACAAACUCGACAAGCUCAUUUCUAUAUCGCGCGCAAGAUCCAGAACUGGAAGCCCCAAGAAGUCCACACGAGCGAGACAAGGAAUUUCAUGGUUUAUUCACACCAAGCUACCUGCCCUUGCUGGACAGCAUAACUCGCGAGCACAAGUCAGACCAUGACUCCUCAUUAGAUAAAGGCAAAGAGAGAGAGAUGGAGUCGGUCCAGGUGGAUGCGAGCACAGAUACAAGAUCAUUGACGUCUACGCCAGAGCUGCGGCGGCCUGCCGCUCCGAAACGGAGAAGUACAGAUGAAGUAUCAGUGACCUCCGACAAUAGUGAUGGCCUCAUCCGUCGCAGUGCCUUGCGAAGAUCAUCAAGCUCCUCCAAAACACAAAGCCCUCGACGGGUCCGGUUCGAGGUGAUGGGUGAAGAGGUUCUGCCAACAGCUUCGCCACAGCCCAACGAAUCCAUACUCUCAGACGAUAUCCCACCUAGCGCUCGUAUCAUUGGAGACGAUUCAGAGGACAGGGCAGGAUCCGAGGAAAUCGAAGAUAUUGACGAGCCACCUCCUAAGAGGAUAUCGUCGUCCCAAGCACUUCGAGCUUUGUCAAGAGGACCACUAGAAGAUGAUGGGACACAGUGGACAACUGUAUCAGCAGGUCCAGAUGGAGAACCUUUUGAUGCUGGAAUUUCCCAGAACUCUUCUACUGAAGAAGAUCUACGGAUAAGUCCUAGCAAGCCACAGACUACCUGGGAUAGCCAGGAUCGGUUAUAUAUUCCAGAAGCGAGUGCUCCCUCCGAUCCCACAGUCCACCGCUCCCGACUAGAAACUUUGGAUGAAAGAAAUGGUGCUGAGACACCUUCUGACGACGAAAUGCUUGAUAUGCCACCAUUGAAACCGAUGAGAGGCCAAAGAUCUUCCUCGGCAAGUAUCCUUCCAUCAGUCGAAGACCCUGGCUUAAACGACUAUGAAUUUCCUACCGCUGCAGAAAAGGCCUCCAGCACUCCUUGGUUCAGUCUGAAGACCUUUGUAAACGAUCAAAAUAGGGGUGGUGGCGAGGACUUGGCAUUUACAGAAGACGAUCAUGAUGAACUCUUUCAUUUCGAUGAGAACAGCAAUGAGCAGAGACUUCCACCUGAAGAGCACAAUGAUUCGGAGCCAGAUUCACCAAUCUCCCCGGAAAGAGAAAAGGAGCUCCCAGACCUCAGCAAGUAUUCGAGAUCGCCCGCGCGUGAGAUCCCCACACGAAUAGUACCACAGUUCACGAGUGUCUCGAAGGGAGUCGUGGGGUCUUAUAAAGGGCAUCCUUUCAGCAUGCCUAUUGUCAGUGACGAGAUACAUGCUCAAGCCGCAUCCUUGGGAGCUAUCAAUUCUUUUGUUGGUAGUCUCGAUGGACGUAGUGGUCUGGAUGAGAGUGAUAUUCAGAGUUUCAGGGAGAGUUUCAAAGCAAGCGGUGGUGCUGGGAGCUUCAAUGGUGCCGCGCCCAAGAGCAUGACGGAGAGGAUGAUGAUGGAAGAUCUGCUGGAGGGUGAGGAAGCGAAGCGCCCUUGAGGGGGGAGGUAGUCAGUGCAUUUUCAACAUUGUUUUAUUAAUUGCGAGCGAGGCGGAUAGCAUUGCAUGGUUUACAGGCGGCCGGCGGAUUUGGUG